UAUGUAAUUCAUUCAUACCCGCAUUUCUAGUUUAGAGAUUCUACAGAUAAUAAGAUCUGUUUUUGUUUCUCCCCAAAUUUCUAUAAACCCUAACCCUAGAUCUCUCUUAUGGCUACUGAAGAACCAGUUGUAGCAAUUGAGCCUGUUAAUGAACCGGCUAUGGAAACUGAACCGGCCAAUGAAGAGAAACCGGUUGCCGAAUCUGAUCAACCAAAGAAAACGAAGGAAACCAAGGCUAAAAAACCGGCUGCGAAGAAGAAAAAUGCCCCCACUCAUCCUCCUUACUUUGAGAUGAUUCAGGAAGCGAUUGUGACAUUGAAGGAUAGAACUGGAUCGAGUCAGUAUGCGAUACAAAAGUUCAUUGAGGACAAACAGAAGAAUCUUCCAUCAAAUUUUAGGAAAUUGUUGCUUGGUCAAUUGAAGAAACUUGUUGCUUCUGGUAAACUUGUUAAGAUCAAGAGUUCCUAUAAGCUUCCUUCAAAAUCUGCAGCUCCAAAAGCCGAUGCUCCAAAGAAGAAACCGGCUGCUGCCAAAGCUAAGCCUAAAGCAGCAACCAAGGCUAAGUCGAAGCCAAAGCCAAAGCCAAAAGCUGCUCCAAAGGCUAAACCUGCUGCAAAGGCUAAAGCCAAGCCUGCUGCCAAAGCUAAACCUGCUGCAAAGCCUAAGGCUGCUGUUGUAGCAAAGCCGAAAGCUAAAACCCCUGUGAAAGCUAAACCUGCUGCAAAGCCGAAAGCUGCUGAGAAGAAGCCAGCUAAGGUUGCCAGAACAUCUACAAGGUCUACUCCAUCAAGGAAAGUGGCACCGAAGCCAGCUGCUAAAAAAGCUCCAGUGAAGAAGGCGGCUCCGGCGAAGAAGGAAAAGCCAGCUAAGGUAGCCAGGACAUCUACAAGGUCGACUCCGUCAAGGAAGGCGGCUCCGGCGAAAAAGGCGGCUCCGGCUAAGAAGGCGGCUCCGGCGAAGUCACCGGCGAAGAAGGCAUCUGCUAGAAAGGCAAGGAAGUGAAAGAGUUUAGGAGAGGGGUAGAUUUGUAAAUUUUCCUGGAUCUUUUUUGUGGGCGGUUUGUAUGUUACGCCCAAUACAGAGAUGUUUUUAAUUUCCAGUUGUUUAGUUGAAUUUUCUGUGCCCUAUUAUUAGUCUUUUGUUCACGUUAAUUUUUCUACCUUUUUCUUUUAUGUUGUAGCUCUGGCCAAAUAUAAUUCUCAGUAAGAUUAGUUCGAUCCUUGGUAACCAUUAACAAA